AUGAAGGAAGAACUGAAAAGUGCUUGCGAUUUUCUUUGCACCUUGAUGAAAGGCAAGGGUGUCAGUCAAGAAAUGGCGGACUUCUUCAGCGCUAAGUUGCAAAGUAUGCUGUGUACGAAGUACGUCGAUCAUUGGUUUCCAGAUAGGCCUUUCAAAGGAAGUGGUUUCAGGUGUAUAAGAAUUAACCACAAACUGGACCCAAUUGUGAGAAGUGCUGGUGAAUCUUGUGGGUGGACAGAGAGCCAGUUGCGAAGUUUACUGCCUCACGAACUGACAGUAUGGGUUGAUCCUAAAGAAGUUUCGUACAGAUUCGGUGAAAACGGGAGCAUUUGUGUGGUACAUACGGAAAGCAGUCACUCUAGUUCUAAACCGUCCCAAAUGAUCUCAGAAUCAGAAAUACCUUAUCCCCAGCUGACGUGCAAGGACUUGAGACGAGUUCUGCCCAGAGAGGGGAUGAACCUACAGCAGCUUGCGGCUUUUGUCUACAGUUGA